AUGCUGGAAUGGCUGGAUUCGUCAGAUGGUUCUGGCGUGAAGGUAUCUCAAGUCUAUGAUUCUGUGACGACCGGCCUGCAAGCCUUCUACCGUACCAAGCUGUUGCCGAUUGAGAAGGAUCAUCUGUUCCAUCAGUUCUACUCCCCGGAAUUGACAGAUGCCGACUUUGCCUCUGCACCCAUGGUGCUGCUGAUGGGCCAAUACUCCACGGGCAAGACGACAUUCAUCCGGCAUUUGCUUCAACGCGACUAUCCUGGGAUGAGAAUUGGGCCGGAACCGACGACGGAUCGAUUUGUGUGCGUGCUGCAUGGGGAAUCGGAUGUCACCAUUCCUGGCAAUGCCUUGGUGGUGGACCAUGAGCUGCCCUUCACACAGCUCAGCCACUUUGGCAAUGCGUUCCUCAGCAGGCUUGAAGCCUCGAGGCUUUCCAGCCCGAUCUUGGAAGGGCUGACUUUGAUUGAUACGCCUGGAGUUCUGUCGGGUGAGAAGCAGCGCAUCAAGAGGGGCUAUGAGUUCGAAGCUGUCGUCAAGUGGUUUGCCGAUCGAGUGGACAUGAUCUUGCUGUUGUUCGACGUGUCGAAGUUAGACAUCAGUGAUGAGUUCAGGAGAGUCAUACAGGCCACCAAAGGCAAUGACCACAAAAUUUGCAUCUUGCUGAACAAGGCAGACAAUGUCACGACGCAGCAGCUGAUGCGGGUCUAUGGAGCAUUGAUGUGGUCGCUCGGCAAGGUGCUGGACACUCCGGAGGUUGCUCGUGUUUAUGUCGGAACCUUCUGGGAUCAGCCACUGAAGAACGAAAAGCUUCGGGAACUCUUCGAGCAGGAGGAGAACGACCUUUACACCAAGAUUGCGCAGCUUCCCAGGAGUGCAUCGCUCCGUAAAGUCAAUGACUUGAUUAAAAGAGCCCGCCUGGCGAAGGUUCAUGCGUUACUGCUGGACUACUUUUACCAGAGGAUGCCGACGUUCUUUGGACAUGCAAAAGAGCAGGAAAGGAUGAUACAGGAUUUGCCAAAGAUCUACCAAGAGAUCUCGGUCCAGAAGGGCAUUCCUUUGGGAGACUUCCCAGAUCCGCGCAUGAUGCAGCAAAUCCUUGCUCCGAUGGAUUUCUCGACGUUCAAGCCGGUGGAUCCGGAGAAGCUGCAGGCAGUGGAGACCCUGCUUGCCCUGGACCUGCCACAGCUUUUACAAUUGAUUCCGGAGGAGCAGAUGCGGUACGGUGUGGAGGAGGCAGCCGUGGCACAGGUCGUUGGGCUGGCAUCGCCUUUUGCGGUGAUGAAAGUGGAGGGCAAGACCGAGCAAUCUGCAUACAAGGGCCAGUGGCAGCGGCCACCUGCGGUCGAGCAUUUCCAGGCCGACUUUGAAGAGUUGCAGCCAGUCGACGGAAAAAUCAACGCCCAGCAAGCAAAGCAGAAGAUGGUGGAGAGCCACCUCCCCUCGAACGUGCUCCAUCGAAUCUGGUCCCUCGCGGACGUUGACAAGGAUGGAUGCCUGACUCUGCCGGAGUAUGCCCUGGCAAUGCACUUGGUGCAGAUGAAGUUGGAUGGUCAGGACCUGCCCAGUUCACUGCCACGAGAAAUGCUGCCCGAGGAGUUGAGGGAUGCUCAGUGA